UUUUCUCUCACAGUUGGCUCCGCUGCCUCUGAAACCAAACCAAAGAGCACCCACAAUAAUCUGCAUUUGAAUGUCUGUGGUGGUUUGAAGGAGAUUCUGUAUUUGAGAUAAGGGGAAUACGUUCUGUGUGACCCUGAUAAGAUAAUGGAGGAAGAACUGGAUUACACGACAGUGAUUUUCAAGACUAAUGGUUUUCGUGCACAUGAGAACCCAAACAACCUGGAAAUAAUCUACGCUGAGGUGAAGACAUGGCAGGAGCAGAUAUGGAAUACAAAUCCUGUCAUACCAGAAAAUGAAAAGAAAGCUCCGCUGUAUACUGUGCUUCAUCUGGUGGCAGUGGCUUUGGGGAUUAUUUGUCUCAUCUUGGUGUCGGUCGUCAGCGCAGUCAGUAUCCACUUCAACACAGUCAUGUCAGAGCAGCGCAGAGAAAACGUCAACUUAACAGCACAGAACCUGCAGCUGUGGACAGAAAUGACCGAUUUAGAGAGACAGACAAAAGAUUUGACCCGAGAGAGAGACGGACUCAACUGGACCGUCGAAGUCAUCCUGGAAUAUCAGAACUUCGCAGUGGAUGCGCACUGCCCACAGAAAGUGUGUAAACCUUGCCUGGACGACUGGAUGCUGUUUCAGUCAAACUGUUACCUGUUUUCAACACUUACAUAUUCCUACGACUGGAAGACUUGGCAGGGAAGCCAUGAUCAAUGCAAAGAGAUGAAGGCCAAUCUGUUGGUGAUCGAGAGCCAGGAGGAACAGGAAUUUAUCAAUAACCACACAGAACGCUACAAUGAUGACAUGCAUGGCUAUUGGAUCGGCUUGAAAAAGAAGGACGCGUGGACGUGGGUAGAUGGAAGCAACUUCACUGUGAUGUACUGGAAAAGACAACAAACAAGCAACAGAGUUUCUUGUGGUCUAACUCAGCAAUACGCAGAUCCUCUUGCCAACUGGAGCAAAGCGAGCUGUGAAAUGAAGAACCGCUGGAUCUGUGAAAAAAGAGCUUUAAUGAAAGCAAACUAAAUAUAAGCUAUCCAUCCAUGUUCUGUAUAAAUGUUGUUUUCUCUUCAUAUAUCUUGGACAUCUGUACCCAGUGGCCACUUUAUUAGGUACACCUGUAGAGGGAAAUGUAAUGCAAUUCAACAGCUCUGCCAACAAUUCUACCUUUACAAAGAUCAUAAUAUUCAGGGUGUCAUAGAGGUGUACAUUUAACUAUAUGUAGCAUUGAGCUCAUAGUUACUGAUGGUGUUGUUCUGGACUGCAUUUAAUUGAGAGGUGUUUCUAAUAGUCUGCCCUCCUCAUGUAUGUAAAUAGGGAGGUCAACAAGUUUGAAACAUUAUAAUGCUAUCCACAACUUUAAAUAAUAAACAUAUCAUUUAAUUUAUACAUUUCCAACAUGUACAUGUGUGCCCAAUAAAUAGUCCCCUGAGUGUAAAUUACCAAUAUUUCCUAAGAAUGAAAUACUCUUAUUUUUAAAGGAAGUAAUGUUCUAUGUUUCUUAUAAUCAAUAAAAACCCAUACCUGUUG